UCUCACGCCAAACACACAUUCUACCCUCAGACCGACUUAAAGCGGGAGUCGGAGAGAACUCUCCCGCACAAAACGCACGCUCCGUUCGUGUUCAUGUGCUCUUUGAAUCAAUAAUCGCCGGUAAUAGUACGGUGAACUGGAAAUGACAGUGUUUGGAAACGCCGGCGCUGGAUUCAUCAUCGGGAAACAGGUGUUUCCGGUGGACUACGAGGCGAGGGUGUCGCAGCUGCUGGUUGAGAGCUCGCAUAUCAACGAUAUGAAGGCGGCGUGUGAGUGUCUCGACGAUCCUUUCGUGGACGUGAAUUUCAUCGGAACGGUGAGCUGCAAGUCCAGAAAGGCCGAAGUCGUGUUGCGAGAUGAGUCGGCUCAUGAAGUUCGCGUGGAUUACGAGGAGUUCAAGACGGAUAUCACGGCGCUGUUUCUCUCUGCUCAUAACGGAAACUUGACACUUGUCAGGAAGUUACUGAAUGUGGGAGCCAAUGUAAACCAGAAACUUUUUCGAGGUUAUGCCACAACAGCAGCAGUGAGGGAAGGACAUUUGGAGAUAUUAGAGCUAUUUAUCAAAGCAGGCGCAUGUCAAGGAGCUUGUGAGGAAGCGUUGUUGGAGGCCAGCUAUCUGGGGCAGGCAAGGUCUGCAGAGCUGCUAAUGGGGUCUGACUUGGUCCGAUCGCAAGUUGCGGUGCAUGCUCUUGUUUCUGCUUGCUGUAGGGGGUUUGUUGACGUGGUGAACACACUCAUCAAGUGUGAAGUAGAUGUGAAUGCAAUUGACCGGACGCUGCUUCAGUCUUCCAUGCCUUCACUGCACACAAAUUUCGACUGUAACGCACUUGCUGCUGCAGUUGUUAGCAGGCAGACCCCUGUUGUUCGGUUGCUCUUGCAAGCUAAUGCUAGGAUGGAUAUCAAGGUAAGGCUGGGAGCGUGGUACUGGGACAUGGAGACAGGAGAAGAAUUCCGGGUUGGUGCUGGACUAGCUGAGGCUUACUCUGUUGCCUGGUGUGCUGUGGAGUAUUUUGAAGCCAGUGGUGCUAUAUUACGCAUGCUCCUCCGGCACAUUUCCCCGAACAACCUUCACUAUGGAAGGACUCUCAUCCACCAUGCCAUCCUAUGCAACAAUCCAAGAGCAGUAGAUGUGCUGUUUGAUUGUGGUGCAGAUAUAGAAUUUCCCGUGAAAACGUCUUCAAAAAAUGAGUUGCGUCCUAUUCAUUUAGCUACGCGUCUUGGUUUACCCAAAGUCCUUGAGCGGCUCGUACUUGCUGGGUGCAAUCUUAACAACCAAACGAAUUUUGGAGAAACUGCAGUAAUGAUAUGUGCUAAAUACAAGCAGGAGGAAUGCCUUAAGAUUUUGGCAUCAGCUGGUGCUGACUUCGGUCUUGUCAAAUCAGAUGGCCAGUGUGCUAACUCAAUAGCAAAAUCAACUGGGUGGGCUCUUGGCUUCCAGCAAGCUGUGCUGGAUGUAAUUCGAGGAGGGAAAAGGAUUAAAUCCAGCAAUUCCUCAAUAUUUUCCCCUCUGAUUUUUGUGACUCAAGCAAAUGAUUUCCAGGCCUUGAAAAGACUGGUUGAGCAGGCAGAUGUUAAUAUUGACGAACAGGAUGGUGAUGGAUUUUCUGCUGCCAUGAUAGCUGCAGCUGGUGGUCAUGUAGAGGUUUUCAGGUUGCUUCUUUAUGCUGGGGCUAAUGUUAAGUUGCAAAACAAGCAUGGCGAGACAGCAAUGAGUUUAUCAGAGUUGAACCAUUAUGACGAAGUACUUGAAAAGGUGUUUCUUGACUACUCACUUGAAGAGGGAAGCAAUGCUUCUGCUGGGUUUUAUGCUUUACACCGUGCAGCUCGUCGUGGAGACAUAGACUUGGUGUGCAUGUUAACUAGGAGGGGUUAUGAUGUUAAUAACUUCGAUGGUGAUGGUUAUACCCCACUCAUGUUAGCUGCGAGAGGAGGUCAUGGUAGAGUGUGUCAGCAUUUGAUCUCAUGUGGAGCAAAAUGUGAGGUUGAGAAUUCAAGAAAAGAGACAGCACUCUUGCUUGCAAGGAAAAACAGCUAUGGAAAUGAUGCCGAGAGGGUAAUAUUAGAUGUACUUGCUCGAAACCUUGUCUUGGGUGGUGGUCGUGUCAAGAAGCACACGAAACGUGGUAAAGGAUCUCCCCAUGGUAAAGUAAUAACAAUGGUGGGGGAUAUUGGCGUUUUGAGAUGGGGAAAGUCCAAGAAAAGAAAUGUAAUUUGUAGAUAUGCUGAGGUUGGGCCUAGUGAUAAGUUUCGGUGGAAUCGUCGAAGAAAGUUUGAUGUCCAAGAGCCAGGAAUGUUCCAUGUAGUAACUACAAAGAACAAGGAAGUGCAUUUUGUAUGUGAGGGUGGGAUUGAGAUGGCCCUGUUGUGGGUUAGAGGGAUUAAGCUUGUAACAAGGGAGGCAUUUUUCGGCAACAAAUAAGAUGCUGAUUUAUUGUAUGAGAAAGUGUGUGGAAAUCGUUAUUCCUUGUAUUUUUGUCGCAAUAUGCAAAAAAAUUUUAAAUCUCCAAACGUUGAGAAUUAUGAGUUCCAGUUUUUUUUU